AUGCCCAGGGCCACGCUCAUGCUGGCAAGAGUGCAGCGAGCUGGCGCAGCGCCCCGCUGGCACCUCUGGAGCUCAUCUCCGCACACGAGUGGGGACAGCGUGGUGACCAUGCUCGCUGCGUGGCGCGCUGCUCAAGAGGAGCCGGCAGGGUCCGGGGAUCCCUUGACUCCUCUAGGGACGGGCACCCGGUGUCACUGCCGAGCUCGAAACUGGGCCUGCUUCUGUUCGCAGGUGAGCAUGGCCGUGAAGGGGCCCCCAGCCCAUCCAGGGCCCCCGUUCCUGGGAGGCCCCAUGCCACCCCACGUGGGCUAUGGGUCGCCGCCGCCACCACUGCUCUGCAGGCCCUUCGGGCCUCGGCCGAUGCCUCCUAGGCCACCGCCACCAUUUGUUGCACGCAUGGGCCCACCACUGGGCUUAAGAGACUAUGCGCCCGGCAUGCUGCCCGGACGCCACGACCUGCUGCUACAUCCCCGCGAGUUCUUGCCGGGACCUGUGCCAUUCAGGCCUCCAGGCCCGCUCGGCGCCCGAGCGUAUUUCAUUUCGGAUCUGCGAAUGCCACCACCACGUGCCGGGCACCAGCACUACACACCAUCGCCUGCCAGGCCCCAGGACUACCCACCACCACAUGCUGGGCCCCAGGACAACUCACCACCGCCUGCCGGGUCCCGGGACUACCGACCACCGCCUGCCGGGCCCAAGGACUUCCCACCGCCGCCUGCCAGGCCCCAGGACUACCCAGCACCACGUGCUGGGCCCAUGGACUAUCCUCCGCCGCCUGCCAGGCCCCAUGACUAUGCACCGCCGCCUGCCGGGCCCCAGGACUAUCCUCCGCCGCCUGCCAGGGCCCAGGACUACCCACCACCACGUGCCGGGCCUCAGGACUAUGCACUGCUGCCUGCCAGGUCCCAGGAGUACCAACUGCCACGAGUUGGGCCCCAGGGCAACCCACAACCCCGUGCCGGGCCCCAAGAAUACCCACCACUACGUGCCAGGCCCCAGGACUACUCACCACCACAUGCCUGGCCCCAGGACUAUCGAGCAACACGUGCUGGGCCCCAAGACUACUGA